CGUUAGUCCAAACGUAGUGUUGGCAGAAACGUGCAUCGUCAAGGCUUGCGCUGUCCGAGCGAUAUUUUGCUGAUUUUGGGAAACCCCAAUUUGCUAAGUUAAUCAAAUGAAGAAGCUAAAUAAAGUAUGAAGAGAGAGAGAGGAAUGGAGAGAGAGUCGGUCUCGAAAGGCAAGGAGGAGUGGAGCGAGGAUUUGGGCGAUAAAUGAGAGGGUGAGAGAGGUAAAGCAUUCAAAUAGCUUGCCUUAGAUUCAGAUUUGAGUUUGAAUUUUGAAAUGUGAAUUUUAUUUCCUUAAUUUUUGUUCCCAUGUAUAAUUGAUCCGACAAAAUUCUUAACAAAUGGGGUUGAGAAAAAUCCGAUGCCCUCAGAUACUCUCCGCUAUUUUCUCUAUCUUAAUUGCUCUUUUUUCACUCUCUCUCCGUCUAUAUGUAUAUAUAAUUGUUUGAGGAUAUAUACAGCAAAUGUGGGCUGUUCUUGUUUCUAUUUAAAGUGGCUUAUUUUUUUGUGUAAUAAAUUCUCUUAGAUUUUCACUCGGAUUUUUCUUGAACCCAGAUUGUGUUUUGAAAAUUUGGGUAUCUUAGAAAUAUGGUGUGGAUUUUGUGGAUGGCUUGCUCUAUAUAAUUUCGCAUUUGGGGUUCUCUUUAAAUUCCAAGAUUUCUUGUUAAUUUUGAUGCCUUAGAGGGACAAUGACACAGGAAGAAAAUAUCCUGAGGCGCAAUUUUAAUACUGAUGAGGAGGGUUGUGGCAACCUCGUCGAUGGUGGUGGUGUGAGUAGAUCAAAAAAGACUAAGCAAAAAAAAGUUCCACAGAGAGGAUUAGGGGUUGCUCAGCUUGAGAAAAUUAGGUUGGAGGAACAACAGAAAAAGGAGGCAGCUGUACAAGCAGCCAAUAUUUUGGCAAAUAAUGUAAUUGGUUCACAUAAUGAUUCUACUGCAUGUUUGGCUAUUCCAUGUCCCAGUUUUAGGCCAAAUCUUUGCCCUUCUUCAAAUUCAAUCCCCUUGCCACCACUAUCACCAACUGAUCUUCCCUCACCGAAUUUCUUGUAUAGGCCUGUCCAAUCGAGCAAAAAUGUCAAAGUUCUACACCCGAAUUCUGUUCAAUUGUCCAAACCCUUGAAUAUAGGAGGAAAUGAAAUAGGUUUGCCAGCAAUUUCGGGUCCUGGGCAGGGCAGUUGGCCUAGAUUGUGGACUGGUGAGCAGAAUCUUGAAGGGGAAAAGCAAAUGUUAGAUCAUCGUAGAUUUGCAAUUUGGCCUCGUAUGAAUUUUCCAUAUGAAUCAAAUGCCCUGGUUUUGCCUCUCACGCAAAGAUCACAUCAAUUUCAUCAUCCUUCUUCUUCAUCAAUGGUGAAUGUCUCUUCAGGGACUUCAUCAUCAUCUGUACUGAAGUUUCAGAUGGAGCCCCCUUCAAACCAAAGUAUUUGUGAUAACAAUUAUGCACUGUUGUCACCAAAGGAAGAGAAGAUGUUUGGCAUGAAAAGGUCAUAUCCCUUCUCUCUAGAAAAUCCAACAGCCCCUUGUCAGUGCAAAUAUCAACCUAUGCGUGGUACUUCAAGAUCCCGAUCAGAUGAAUCGGCUUCAUGUAGCAAUGGAUGCACAAAUCAAUUCGAACCCUAUAAAUAUAUCAGAGAAGACCCUCCAGACACAAGUCCCCUGCCUGAGCAAAAUGCUGGUGGUGUAAUCAGAGGAAACAAAGAACUGAAUGGAGAUUUUCUCACGUUGGCUCCUCCUGCUCCCACUACCCAGCCUUUGAACUUUAAGCAUAAGCACCCUCUGACAUAUUCAGACUAUCGGGAGCAGGAAUUAUUUGAUUUUGAGUGUCCUUCCUGUCAGGAAUUCACUGAAGACGCAAUUUUAAGGCCAGGACCAAGUGGAUCUAUAGAACGACCUCCUUUUACCUUCUUCCCAACUAAGGUGAAAAUUGACCAAGCAACAAUCCAUGCCCGGGAUGGUAGUGGUAAAAUAGGGGAACCAAUUGAUCUCAGUCUGAAAUUAUAGAGAUUUGCUCGUGUCUUUCGCUACUGCUAAGGAUAUUGUGGAUAUUAUGUUUAAGUUGGAUCCUUAUUGGACGAAAUGUUGUGCACGUGCAAAGUGAUGACUGGAAGAGAUAAGAUACUGUUAGUUUUCAGCAUUCCAUUUCUAUGCAAAAGCGACUUUGCUCGUUGCCCUACCACCUCUACCAAUUUUUGCGUAUUUGUUGGUUUCCUAUGCAUGGUUGGUGGACAAGUCCAGCGCCCUCUAUCUGCACCAAACUUUAGCAUGUGAGAGAUUUUAUGGAGCUGAAGAUGAUUUUGUUUGUGCGUUUUCUUCUCAUGGGACCUUUCAUUUAGACUUUGUGAAGGUAGUAAAGCUUGUGAAAAUUACUGAAGACAAUGAUUUUGUAAUGCCGAGGCCUCGAGAGUUCCUGUCCUGAUGUGGAGAGCCUCAAUUUUUGUUUGUAACUGGCGACGAAAACGAAGUUGUCCCCGUUUUUGUUCACGUGGGAGAGAUAGAAUGGAGUUAUCACAAAGAAUCCCUUUCCUUUCCCAAUUUGAAUCGUUUGUUUUCUAUCUCAUCAAGCUUUGCACUUAAAUCUUUCCUUGUACUGUGUAUUCUCCUGCAAAAUCCUGAAAUUGAUGUCUAAGAAUUUAGGUGCGGAUUGUGACAUGUUGGCAGUUCGCCUCGUCUUUUUCACGUUUUGAGGAAAAUCUGGUAGAAAUAUGUUUGCUUCAUUUUGAAGUACUUCUAUUCUACUAAGGUGGAGAUGAGAUGAGAUGAGAUGAGAUGUAAGUCUGUAACUCUUUUCUGAAACCCAUGAUAAUAGCAAACUUUCAACA